CUGGCAGAACGUGAUCUUUGAUUCCUGUUGUUCGUACUUCUUGGAAGCUUAAUUUGUUUUCUGGGUUUUGCAAAAAUUUGAGAGAGAGACUAGAAGUUUGUUUUCCUGUCCUGUCUCUGAGUUCCUUGUGUAUUGGGAUUUGGGUUUCUGGGAUAGAAAAGUUUGGUGUGGUUUCUGACUUCUUAUAUUCCCAGAGGUUCUGCACUGAAACUGCUAGGAUCUUCUUGUUCCAAUUGUUCUGGAACUGAAAACCAGUUUUAAUAUUGUUUAAGGGUAUUGAGUUCUGUUUUCUUUGUGAGGGGAGUCAUAAAGCAGCUGGCUUGCAAAGUAGGUGAUGGAGGUUUGAAAGGUCUGAGCUUUAAUCUUUGUAGUUGAAGACCAAAGGUGGAGAUGUCUGCAAAGCUUUUACAUGCCUUAACAGAUGACAAUCCAGACCUGCAGAAGCAAAUUGGAUGCAUGACUGGCAUCUUUCAGAUCUUCGAUCGCCACCAUAUCCAUACUGGCAGGCGGAUCACUAGCUCCAGUCCCAAAAGGCUUCCUGCAGGUCACUUGCACCUCAAUCAUGGUAGCCGUAGAAUGGAACCUAAUAAUAAUGAACAUAAUCUACCAUCAGUUGUGGAAAGAAAUCCCUACAAGAACGUCCUCGAGAAUCGAAGAGUUUCAAUGGAGUCAUCCAGGACCUCCUUUUCAUCCUCCUCUUGCUCAUCUUCAUUCUCCUCUCUUGAUUGUAACAAGUCAUCUCAACUUGAGUUCUCUUCCUAUGACCGAAACAUUACACAAACACCUUUGAGGGACCCCCACCCACCUAUGAACCACCCCAAUGCUUCUCCACAGAUAGGGCGACAAUCCCUUGACUUACGUGAUGUGGUUAAGGAAUCAAUCCACAGAGAAGCUCAUGCUUUAUCUGUUAAAACUACAACCAAAGAAGCAGCAAGCCGCACUGUCAAGCACAGAGAUUCCCCUAGGCCUUUGCCACUUUCUAAAUCAGUUGAUGGAUCUUAUGACGUAGGAAUCAAUGGGAAGCCCAGAAUGUCUGUUGAUUUCAAUGAGUCACUCAGAGUUCUUGCUAAACUUCGAGAAGCCCCUUCUUAUUUUAAUGAAGCCAGAGAACCACCAAGGUCAUCAUACGAAGCAAAAGAUGGUUCUUUGUUUCAAGUUCCCAGGGAUGCCCCUCGGUUCUCCUUCGAUGGACGAGAGAUACCCCGUCGAUCUUUUGAGUCACGAGACACCUUAAAAUAUACCGCAAAGCUGAGAGAGCUACCAAGGCUCUCCUUGGACAGCAGAGAAGGUUCAAUGAGGGGUGCUAACAAAAAUGCAAAAUCAGAUUCUAUUUUGAAGGAUUUACAGAUGAAUAGUGGCAACUCUAAUGACAGAAUCGCGAACUCACAACAAGAGCCAGGAAUGUGCAAAAGACCUCCUAGUGUUGUAGCAAAGUUGAUGGGCUUGGAAGCAUUGCCCAAUCCUAUCUCGGGCACUGACAGUCAGGCAAGGUUUGUUAAAACCUCCUCCAGUAGACACCCUGAGCCUUUCUCAGUUUCAUCAAAAGCAGUAGAUGAAAGUACGCAAAGUCGAGUAUCUGGCUCCCCCAGGAGCUCCCUCAAAGACUCCAUCUCGCCACGAUUGAGAUGUCCUGAUUCAGUCAUGAAACCCAUUCCAAGUUCAAGGUGUCCAAUUGAACCAGCUCCUUGGAGACAGCAGGAAGGUGUGCGUGGUUCUCAAAAAACGGCAUUCAGGAAUUGGGACUCCCCUGCAAGGCCACCAAACUCAUCUCCGAGUGUUUAUAGUGAAAUUGAGAAAAGGCUCAAAGAUCUUGAAUUUAAACAAUCGGAUAAGGAUCUCAGAGCUCUUAAGCAGAUACUGGAAGCAAUGCAGGCUAAGGGGCUUCUGGAGACCAAAAAGGUACAAGAUCAAGGUACCAACUUCAUGUCUGAAAAAGGCUACGGCCCAAUCCACACCAGUUCCAACCAGAAUCCAAGAUUCACAAACAGGAGAAAUCCACAGAAAAACCACCAGCUAUCUGACUCGGUAAAAGGAAUUAAUUCUUCACAGGCAUUUGAAUCCCCAAUUGUGAUAAUGAGACCAGCAAAACUUAUCGAGAAAUCUGGUCUGCCUGCUUCGACAGUUGUUCCAAUUGAUGGAUUAUCUGGUCUUCGCAAGCCCCGAAGUGGUAAUUCUGGUGACAAUAGAAAGGCUCCAGCUAGCAGACAAGCUGCGAAGGACUUGCCUCCAAAACAAUCUCCUAGAGAGCCUGCGAAUCGAACUCUCUGUUCCUCGGAUAAGAGAAAUAAUGGGAAAACCCUGAGAUCAAUUCAGGCUUUAAGCAGGCCUCAACAAUUGCCCAAAGAAACUAAUGGAAGCCCUGAGAAAAACUCAGGAUCUGUUAGCCCAAAGCUGCAUCAAAGGAGGCUUGAAUUGGAGAAGCGCUCUGCUCGUCCCCCUAUCCCUUCAUCAGAUGCUAGCAAAACAAGAAGGCAAACUCUUAGGCAGCCAACAGAUUCAGGUUCCCCAGGUGGAAAACGUAGGCCCAAAUCACCCAACUUGCAACAAAGUGAUGACCAAUCAAGUGAAAUAAGUAGUGAAAUGAGAAAUUUGAGUCAUCUAGGAGAUGAGAUUUCUGUGCUAUCAGAUAGCAACAUCAGCUCAGGCUCACAUAUGGAUCUGGAGGUGACAAGUGCUGACAGAUCUGCUGAGGUUAACUGCAACUUGUUCCAGCAAGGUAGCCAGAGUUCACCGAAAAUGGUAGCAAAUAAACCAAUUUCUAGCUUCAAACAGAAGAUAUCAUCAGCCAGGUUGAGUGAAGACAGCUCAAUGGCAGAACUUGCAACAGUUGCUCCUGAACAACCAAGUCCUGUUUCUGUUUUAGAUGCCUCGUUUUACAGAGAUGAUUUGCCAUCUCCUGUGAAAAAUACAUUGAUUGUCUUCAAAGAUGGCAAGUGUCCAAACUCUGAUGAUAAUACUGGUGAAGAUGGAUGGAACCCUAUGGAUCUUGACCGCUUGUCUGACAGCAGAGGAUCCAAUUUUAGCUCUGAUAUCAAUCGAAAGAAACUGGAAAACAUUGAGAGCCUAGUUCAGAAACUUAGAAAACUGAACUCGGAUCACGAUGAAGCCACAACAGAUUACAUUGGGUCACUUUGUGAGAACUCAAACCCAGACCACCGAUACAUCUCUGAGAUAUUGCUAGCAUCAGGCCUGCUUCUCAGAGACCUGAGCUCUGGGUUGAUGAGCAUUCAACUACACCCGUCAGGGCACCCAAUCAACCCUGACUUGUUCUUUGUCCUAGAGCAAACUAAGGCGAGUGCUGGGAUCCUAACAGACAAGUGCAAUAGUGAGAAGUCUAUUCGAUCAAGACCCAACCAGGAGAAGCUCCACAGGAAGCUUGUGUUUGAUGCUGUUAACGAGAUUCUUGCUCGGAAGUUGACUUCCACAGGCCCUUCACCUGAACCAUGGAUCCGUGCCAAUAAACUGGCAGGUAAGACCUUGAAUGCACAACAGCUUCUGAAGGAGUUGUGUUCUGAGUUAGAUCAGCUGCAGGCAAAAAACUCAGUCGGCAGCUUGGAUGAAGAGGAUGAUAGUUUGAAAAGCAUCUUAUGGGAGGCUGUGAUGCAUCAAUCAGAGAAUUGGAUAGAUUUCCGCAAGGAGGUUUCAGAGGUUGUGCUAGAUGUUGAGAGGUGGAUAUUCAAAAAUUUAAUUGAUGAGGUAGUGAAUGGUGAAGCUGAAGCAGUAGCUAGUAUGCGAACCAAGCCAAGCAGGCUAUGCAAGCAACUAUUUGUCAAGUGAGCAUCAACACCAAAGAAGUAG